AUGCCGCACCUCACGGCUUGGCUCUUGGCCGUUGUCGGUUUCAGUGCCCCCGUGACUUGCGAAAGCCGCCGAUACUCGACAUGGAUGCUCGAUAGCAUCAAGGAACGAAAGCAAGGCGUUAUUUCGUCAGGCGCAUCAAGCAGCUAUUUGGAAACAGGCAUUCUUUCAAUCGCCCUCGAGGCUGUCAUCAAGCAGUACCCAGAGCUGAAAGAUCAGUACGCUCCCUACCUGGGAGAUGUCCUUGAGGCCGGCAUACCAAGCCUGACCAACGCAACCUAUGUGGCGACACGGCCUCUGGAUCGUUUUUCGGUCGCCAAUGCCGUUCAAGAAGCUUUGCAAGCGGAUGUCGUUUCAAUCUCGCCUACAGUUUCAGCAGCAUUGAACACCAUCAAUGAGUCUUUGUCGCUUCAGAUCAGGAACCCCGAAGGCGGACUGUGGUAUUACGUUUACCCGCAAUGGAGCUACCUUGAUGGCAUGUUCUCUGUGCUGCCCUUCAUGGCAUCCCAGCCGCAGCCUAAUUACACGGACAUUAGCCUGCAGAUGACGCUACUUUACGAACACUGCUUUCAGAAGAAUACUUCGUUGGUUGCUCAUGGUUACGACUACUCGAAGAGGGCUGUUUGGGCGGACUCGAAGACGGGUGCGAGCCCGUAUGUUUGGGGUCGCUCUGUGGGCUGGUUUGUCGCUGGUCUGGUGCAAACAUGGGAGUCUCUGGACUGUCUCGCGGGCAAGCGUGAGGCGGAACCAGUCUGUAAGCAACUCCGACAGAUGACGACUCAGCUUGCUACGUCACUCGUCAGAUACGCCGAUCCGGAGACCGGAGCCUGGUGGCAAAUCACGACUUUCCCAGGCCGCAGCGGCAACUACCUCGAAAGCUCUAGCACGGCCCUCUUCAUGUUCUCCAUGUUGAAGGGCAAGAGAAUUGGCAUGCUCUCUGACUCCAAAGUAGAUUUUAGACAAGCGGCUCUGAAAGCAUACGACUACACCGUUCGCAACUUCGUUGUUGACACUGGUAACGGGACCAUUGGCUACAACAAGACGGUAGCGGUUUGUAGUCUCAACUCUACUGCGUCAUACGAAUAUUACACCAACCAGCCACUUUUACCGAAUAGUCUUCUAGGAGAGUCCGCAUUUAUUUUGGCUUCACUUGAGGUAGAGAGAUGCUAA